UUUUUUUUUUGUUUCGUCUCACUGGUUGCUUACAUUCAUUCUUAUACUUUUUAUUCUUACUUUUUAUACACUAUUCGGGUGCAUUUCCAUUUGUUUUUCCACCAGCCUUGACUACAACUACUUUUUGGAAAUGCCUUCGACUUCGGGAUUCAGGACCCUCGAGCGGCAGGAAAAGGCCAUCAACCCCGGCCACGAGCACGAGUACCCGGCAAUGCAGAACCUGACGGCACCGCACAUCGAGUCGUUCAACUCGAUCUGGGAGCGCGCUGGGCCGCACACGCCUGCGCUGGUGGACGUAGCCAUGUCGCUGCUGGACAAACACACGGUGUUCGACGGCAAGGGUGACCACGAGCAGCCGCUGGGAAACAAGAUCACCUUCUGGAUUGACACUGUUCGGUUGGACCACCCGACGCUGUCGGCGCGUGAGACCAAGGCGUCGAACCGUUUGAUCUACCCGUCCGAGUGCCGCCAGCGCAGCAUCACGUACCGCGGCCGGCUGUCCGCCGUGCUACAUUACCAGGUCAACGACAAUCCGUUGGUGUCAGAGGAGCGCAAUUUUGGCCAGCUGCCAAUCAUGGUGCGUUCGAACCGCUGCAACCUGCAGGGCCUGGGUCCGGCCGAGCUGAUCCGCCAGCAUGAGGAGGCCGAGGAGAUGGGCGGCUACUUCAUCGUCAACGGAAACGAAAAGGUCAUCCGCCUUUUGAUUGCCACGCGCCGCAACCAUGUCAUUGCCAUCCAGCGCCCGUCGUACGCCAACCGCGGCCCAGGCUUCACGCCGUUUGCGACGCAGAUCCGCUGCGUUCGCCGCGACCAGACCUCGCAGACGCUAACAAUGCACUACUUGACCACCGGUAAUCUGCUUUUGCGCUUCUCGAUCCGCAAGCAGGAGUACAUGGUGCCGGUGUCGCUGCUGAUGCGCGCGCUGGUCGGCGCGUCCGAUAAGGAGAUCUUUUCGUCCAUUGUUGGCGGCGACGCCGAGAAUAUCUUUGUGCGUGAUCGCGUUGAGCUGCUGCUGCGUGCCAGCAAAGACUAUGCCGUUUACACGCGCGAGCAGGCGUUGGCCUACCUGGGCGACAAGUUCCGCGUCGUCAUGUACGCGCCCGACGACAUGUGCAACGCUGACAUUGGUCGCAAGCUGCUCGAGCGCCUGGUCAUGUUCAACAUGCUGGCCCACAUGGUGCGCAAGCUGUACGCUGUUGUUAGCGGCGAGUGCCAGGAGGACAACCCUGACACGCAGCAGCUGCAGGAGGUCUACAUGCCGGGCCACCUGUACCUGGCCAUCAUCAAGGAGAAGAUCGACGACUACCUGCUGGCCGUGCGCGGCGAGAUGUCCAAGGACGCGCGCAACGCCAAGAUCGACCUGUUCAACAACCGCUACGUGGCGCGCACCUUCGCCAAGAUCACGUCCGACAUCGGCGUCAAGGCCGGCUACUUCUUGGCCACCGGCAACCUAGUCACCAAAUCAGGCCUGGACAUGCAGCAGAUGUCUGGCUACACCAUCAUUGCCGAGAAGCUCAACUACCUCCGCUACCUGUCGCACUUCCGCUGCAUUCAUCGCGGUGCCUUCUUCGCCGAGCUGAAGACCACUGGCGUGCGCAAGCUGCUGCCCGAGGGCUGGGGCUUCCUGUGCCCGGUGCACACGCCCGACGGGUCGCCUUGCGGCCUGCUCAACCACUUGGCCCACAAGUGCCUGCUGACGACCGUCGUCGAGGACACCGCCGACGUCGAGAAGGCGCUGAUGCGCCUGGGCGUCGAGCCCGGCCUGCCGGCGCCGGCGCUGUGCGACGCCGCCCUGCUGACUGUGCAGCUGGACGGCCGCAUCUUUGGAUACUGCAGCGAGGCUGUUGCCGCCAAGGUCGCCGAGACGCUGCGCGUCAUGAAGCUGCAGGCCCAGCGCGCCCGCGAGAGCCGCCGGCGCGAUGCGCAGCUGCUACAGCUGGACAUCCCGUUCAACAUGGAGAUUGGCUUUGUGGCGCGGUCGCAGGGCGGCCAGAUGCCUGGCCUGUACCUGUUCACAACUCCGGCGCGCUUCGUGCGCCCUGUCACGCACCUGGCAACGCAGCAGGUCGACCAUGUUGGCAGCUUCGAGCAGGUGUACAUGGAGAUUGCCUGCAUGGACGAGGACGUGCGCCCUGGCGUCAGCACGCAUCAGGAGGUGGUGCCGACCAACAUUCUGUCGGCUGUCGCCAACUUUACGCCGUUCUGCGACUUUAACCAGUCGCCACGUAACAUGUACCAGUGCCAGAUGGGCAAGCAGACAAUGGGUACGCCGAUGCAGUCGCUCCCGUACCGCACGGACAACAAGCUGUACCGCCUGCAGACCGGCCAGACGCCGAUCUGCCGCCCGAGCAUCUACGAAGACUACGGUGUCGACGGGUACCCGAAUGGCACCAACGCUGUGGUCGCCGUUAUCUCGUACACGGGUUAUGACAUGGAGGACGCGAUGAUCCUGAACAAAAGCGCGCACGAGCGCGGCUUCGGCUACGGGUCUAUCUAUAAGACCGAGUACAUUGAUCUGGGCAAGUUCCGCAAGAGCGGCGACCCGGUCACCAUGCACUUUGGGCUGGGCACCGACUGCGCCUCGGACGAAACCCUGACCACACGCAUUGACCUCGAUGGCCUGCCGUUCCCCGGCGUCACAGUCAACGCCGGCGACGCGCUGUACGCGGUCAUCGAUGACGUGCGCGGGCGCACCAAGGUGCAUAAGUAUAAGGGCGAGAGCGGGUACGUCGAGACCGUGCGGCUGCUGGCGUCCAGCUCCGAGGAGGAGCUGCAGGUCGUUGCGCUCACCUUCCGCAUUCCUCGGUCGCCGAUCAUUGGCGACAAGUUCUCGUCGCGCCACGGGCAGAAGGGUGUGUGCUCGCAGAAGUUCCCGGCCAUCGACAUGCCGUUUACCGAGUCAGGGAUGCAGCCGGACAUCAUCAUCAACCCACACGCGUUCCCGUCCCGAAUGACCAUUGGUAUGUUUGUCGAGUCCAUUGCCGCCAAGGCCGGGUCCCUGCACGGCCUGUGCCAGGACGCGACGCCGUUCCAGUUUGAUGAGAACAACACGGCGGCGGACUACUUUGGCGAGCAGCUGCGCCAGGCCGGCGAGCCCAUGUACUCGGGUGUCACCGGCCAGGAGAUGCGCGCCGACAUUUACAUUGGUGUCCGCCUGCGCCAUAUGUACCAGGUGCGCACAACGGGUCCGAUCAACAGCAUGACGCAGCAGCCCAUUAAGGGUCGUAUUCGCCUGGGCGAGAUGGAGCGCGAUGCUCUUAUUGCGCACGGAACAGCGUAUUUCCUGCAGGACCGUCUGAUGAACUGCUCGGACUACUCGCUGGCAUAUGUGUGCAAAUGCUGUGGCUCUAUCUUGGCGCCCAUUGCCAUUCCUGCCCGCCCGGGAAGCACAGAGGCGCGUACUCGUGGUGCGAUGUUCUCUGGAUUGAGUGCUGCUGAGGCGACUAAUGGCGGCAGCGGUGGCAGUGGAAUGGCAGGCCCUCUGGACUUGAUCUGUCGCUUGUGCCAGAACGCCGACGGCAUCACUAUGGUCGCCCUGCCGUACCUAGCCACCGAGCUCAUGGCAAUGAACAUGAAGGUCAAGCUGGACGUCAAGUAAAAAUGAUAAAUUAUCGGUUAUUUUAUAUAUUCAAGAAGAAAAAACUAUUUAUUUAUAUCC